ACUGUCAGUCUUCGGUAGCCAGCGCACAAAGAAGGACGGUCGCGUAGUAGUGUCGAGUGUGUUUUGUGUGCAAAAGAGGGAGUGAAAUUUUCUCUGAACAUCUUGGAAGUGGGGAUUCAUCACCGUCACCGUCACCGUCAGAAUAUUUUGGUUGGAAGACCAUUUGCAUUCCUCAAGCUACCGAACCCGGAUAAUUUACGUUGCAGGUAGGAGUAACGACCGCUCCAAACAUGGGUUCGUUGUUCCGCAGCGAGGAGAUGACCUUGUGUCAGCUCUUCCUCCAGAGUGAAGCUGCGUACGCUUGCGUUUCCGAGCUGGGUGAACUGGGCCUGGUUCAGUUUCGGGAUCUCAACCCGGAUGUGAACGCAUUCCAGCGUAAGUUUGUCAAUGAGGUGCGACGAUGUGACGAGAUGGAGCGCAAGUUGCGCUACCUCGAGAAGGAAAUCAAGAAGGAUGGUAUCCCGAUGUUGGAUACGGGCGAGAGCCCCGAAGCUCCCCAGCCGCGGGAGAUGAUUGAUUUGGAGGCCACCUUCGAGAAGCUGGAGAAUGAACUGCGUGAGGUCAACCAGAACGCCGAAGCGCUCAAGCGCAACUUCCUGGAGCUGACCGAGCUGAAGCACAUCCUGCGUAAGACCCAGGUCUUCUUCGACGAGCCACAGGCAGCGGUCGCAAGUAUUGUACCUAAUAUCAUGUCACGGAACCGCUAUCAACAGGUGGCGGAUUCGCACAGGGAAGAGGAACAGGUUAACCUACUCGGUGAGGAGGGCAUUCGAGCUGGUGGUGCCGGGGCACAGGGACAAAACCUAAAACUAGGUUUUGUCGCCGGUGUCAUCCUGCGCGAACGUCUGCCAGCCUUCGAGCGUAUGCUGUGGCGUGCCUGCCGUGGUAAUGUUUUCCUUCGCCAGGCCAUGAUCGAGGCACCGCUGGAGGAUCCGUCCAGUGGCGACAAGGUGUACAAGUCGGUAUUCAUCAUCUUCUUCCAAGGUGACCAGCUGAAGACGCGCGUCAAGAAGAUAUGCGAAGGUUUCCGCGCUACGCUGUACCCUUGCCCGGAAGCUCCGACCGAUCGGCGCGAGAUGGCCAUGGGUGUUAUGACCCGCAUCGAGGACCUGAACACCGUUCUCGGGCAAACGCAGGACCAUCGUCAUCGGGUUCUGGUGGCCGCUGCCAAGAAUCUGACGAACUGGUUCGUCAAGGUUCGCAAGAUCAAGGCCAUCUAUCAUACGUUGAAUCUGUUCAACUUGGAUGUAACGCAAAAGUGUUUGAUCGCCGAGUGCUGGGUUCCGCUGCUGGAUAUCGAAACCAUCCAGAUUGCACUGCGCCGUGGAACGGAACGUUCCGGAUCGUCCGUUCCGCCCAUCUUGAAUAGGAUGGAGACUUUCGAAGAUCCUCCAACGUACAAUCGUACGAACAAGUUUACCAGCGCUUUCCAGGCUCUGAUCAACGCGUACGGUGUGGCCAGCUAUCGUGAAAUGAACCCGGCUCCCUAUACCAUCAUCACAUUCCCGUUCUUGUUUGCGGUGAUGUUUGGCGAUUUGGGACACGGUGCCAUUAUGGCUCUCUUCGGUUUGUGGAUGGUGCUGAAGGAAAAACCACUUGCCGCUAAGAAAACCGACAAUGAAAUCUGGAACAUCUUCUUCGGUGGACGUUACAUCAUUUUCCUGAUGGGUGUGUUCUCGAUGUACACUGGAUUUGUGUACAACGAUAUCUUCUCAAAAUCGCUGAAUGUGUUCGGAUCUUCCUGGAGUAUCAACUACAAUUCAUCAACGGUAAUGACGAACAAGGCUUUGCAGCUGAAUCCGGGCAGUAAUGAUUACUCGGGAACACCUUAUGCGAUGGGCUUGGAUCCGGUUUGGCAAGUGGCGGAGAACAAGAUCAUCUUCCUGAAUGCAUACAAGAUGAAGAUUUCGAUAAUUUUCGGCGUUCUUCAUAUGUUGUUCGGUGUCUUUGUCGGACUGUUCAAUCAUCGUUAUUUCAAGAACAAGAUGGCCAUCUACUGCGAGUUCAUUCCUCAAGUAAUCUUCCUGGUAUCCCUGUUCUUCUACAUGACCCUGCUGAUGUUCAUGAAGUGGACAAAGUAUUCGGCCGAUAGUGAGGACAUCCUGUUCUCGGCGGGAUGUGCUCCGUCUAUUCUGAUUACCUUCAUCAACAUGGUUCUGUUCAAAUCGGUCGAGGAAGAGGGCGAAUGUAGCCCGUUCAUGUUCGCCGGACAGCAAGGUAUACAGAAGUUCCUGGUCAUGAUUGCACUGCUGUGCGUACCGUGGAUGCUGCUCGCCAAACCUAUCAUGAUCAUGCGUGGCCGCAAGCAAGCAGUGCAUCAACCAAUUACUCCAUACAGCAAUGAAAACGGUGAAGCUGAGACCGGUCUUAACCAACAGAAUGCAACCCAGGGAGCAGUUCAACAGGGUAGUCAUGGGGGUCACGAUGACAAUGAGGAAAUGUCUGAGAUUUUCAUUCACCAGGGCAUCCAUACCAUCGAAUAUGUGCUCGGUUCGGUUUCCCAUACUGCAUCGUACCUUCGUUUGUGGGCUCUGUCGCUUGCUCAUGCCCAAUUGGCUGAAGUAUUGUGGAACAUGGUGCUGAAGAACGGUCUCCAACAAGGAGGUUGGAUCGGCGGAAUCUUUCUGUGGGCUAUCUUUGGGUGCUGGGCUGUGCUGACGGUUGGCAUUCUGGUACUUAUGGAGGGUUUGUCUGCUUUCCUGCAUACUCUUCGUUUGCAUUGGGUCGAGUUCCAGAGCAAGUUCUACGGUGGUUUGGGUUACGCAUUCACACCGUUCUCGUUCGAAAUUAUUUUGGAUACAAGCUCCAGUGCUACGGAAGAUUAAGCUCCGAAUUGACGAAUUGAUGAAAGGCAACAAAUUGAUGGACAGGUUUAUACAAACGUUCAACUCGAAAUAUAGAAUAUAAACGUUAAUGUUACUCUGCGAAAUGCGUUUUAAAAUAUUCAAACUAUUCUACUUGCGCAAGCUCGGCUUUGGCUUAAAAUUAAAUUCUUAAAACCACUUGUCAUUCAUAUAAUGUAGAAGAACCGAGUUGGAUUCAAAACAGUUAAUAUUUAUUACGAAAAAAAAAAUGCAACAGUACUCUCUAUUCAAAAAUUUUGAAGUAAACUUCAACCAAAUAAAAUAUUCAGUACAGGAUCAUAGCCAUGUUAAAGUAAAUGUUUGCAACCAGAAUUAUCGAUUGUAGGCAAUAUUGACGUUCACAUAAAAAUAUAGAUGUAGAUUUAGCACACAGAUUAGAAGCAGCAGCACAAAUCAAGAUUUGG